UGUUGUAUUACCUCAAAGUGAAGACAUUGAAAAUACAUUAUGUAAUGAAGAGGAUAUGAACGAUGGUCUCCUUAAUGCUGGCAGUGAGGGGACUAGAAGAGGUGGUGUACGUAGCACAGGUGAUAUGGAACAUGAGGCCAGAGACAAUGAGAAGGGUUAUGAAAACUCCAUGCAAGGACGUGGGUCAGCAAACAAGGCUAGAUAUAGUGCUGAUAUAGAACAUUUGAUGAGAAAUUUGAAGGGUCAUCAUUCUGGCAGUUCUUUAGACAAGAUGUCAAGUUCGACACACAGUACAAGUUCAAGCACUGACAAUGAGGCACUAGGUGUGAUGCCUCAUGGUAAAAUAACCAAAGCUUUCUCUAUGUCUUCCAUCCCUGCUGCCACAGCAAAUGAUAAACAGAAAGGUCCAAGCUACAAGGACAAACAGACCCCAUCCCACUUGCUUAUACAAAAUCUUAUAGCAGAACAUGACGCACAAUUUCGGCGGCAAGACGAAAUCCGUGAGGAGGAUUCUGCUGAUGUUUUGUACGAAAAUAACCAAAACAAUCGUAGGCAAAAAAGCAAACCGGAACUCUCUCUUUUAGAUUUCUUAAACGACCCUUCCAACUUCUCCAAUGACUCAUCUAACCUGUCAUCACCAAAACCAAAGGAUAAAGAAGACAAGAAGAGGAAACCUAGCAUGUUCUCUCGUUUCCAUAGUAGCUAUAGAAUCAAAAAGAACAAAGAUAAAGAGGGGAAAAGUAAGUCAUCAAGUCACCGCUUUGUCUCAGUUAGCUUCAGUAAUGCCACCACGUGUGAUGUGUGCCAUAAACUACUUACAAAUAAACCAGCGCUAAGAUGCCAAAUAUGUCUAGUAAAUGUUCAUGAGCAUUCGUGCAAAGAACACAUACCUGCCUGUGAUAAAAACAAAUCAAAGAGUCAAGUACCAAGACAGUCAAGUACAGAAUCAGAAGCUGUCCCCGGUAGUCAGGACAGAAGUAAUGCCUCCACAGGUGUUCCAAACCUGCGUCCUAGCCAUUCAUUCAAGGACAACACAACACGAGCACAGAGUAUGUACAUUGGAGCGGCAUCACAACCCAUGCCAUCUGCCAUAGUGCCAGAUAUUCAACAGGACUCAAUUAUUAUGAGAAAGAGGAGAUCAGCAUUACAAUCAGCAUCAGCACAAUUACAAAGAAGAAGUUUACCUACACCAAGGAUUGUAAUAGACACAACUCAUGUUCAGGAUCGGCCUAAAUCUCCAAAUCCUAUUGCUACAAUAUCAUCAUCAGCUUCUGAGUCUGCUGUAGCAAGUUCAGCAGACGGCAAGAACAAUAAUCAUCCUAUAGCUGAAGAUGACAGGGAGCAAGAUAAUGUCUCAAGGCUGGACCUUGGACAGUCAAAUAUCACAGAGACAAUGUCUCAUUCUAUAGAAUCUCUGGAUGAAGUAGACAGUGUACAAGAAGUGAGAUAUGACGAUGUUGAAUUAGGAAGUCUCGACAUUGAUGAGCCAGAAACAUGGAGUGAAACUGUUGAUAAAAAAGUCUUAAAGAAAAUGAACCCCAAAGAUAUCAAACGUCAGGAUACUAUAUGGGAGUUGAUACAGACUGAGAGACAUUAUUGUAAAAGAUUAAAAACAUUACAGAUUUUUUAUCGAGAUGGAAUGUUACGUGAGUUAGGAGUGACAAGAAGAUUGGUAGAUAACCUUUUCCCACAGUUAGAUGAUCUCAUUUUUGUGCAUAUGAACUUUUAUCAUCAAUUACAAGAUUUACAAAACAGACGACCGGAUCGCCUUGUAGAGGAAAUUGGGCCUGCAUUAAAAGAACAGUUUUCUGGUGAUUCAGCGAAUCGUAUGAAGGCAUCUUAUGGAGUUUUCUGUAGUGGCCAUCUUGAAUCUGUUCAACUGUACAAAGACCUAAUGGAGAAGAAAAAGUUUCAAUUGUUUAUUAGGAGUAGAAGCCAGCAUCCUUUGUGUAAAAAACGAGAGAUUCCCGAUUUUAUUUUGUUAAUAACCCAGAGACCUACAAAAUAUCCAACUCUCAUUGAAGCUGUUAUUAAAAGUACUAAAGAUAAGAAAGAUCGUGAGUGUUUAUUAAAAGCUCUAGAGUUAAGUAAAGAUGUGCUACAGAAUGUUGAUGCCCAGGUAGCUGCAGCACAAAGGGCUAUGAGAAUUAAAGAUAUCUGUAGCAGGCUCGAAAACCGAUCAUUUGCCAUACAUAGGUCUAAAAAAUUCAGGAAAUCAGACAUCUUAGCAAAUAACCGUGUAUUAUUGCACGAGGGAAUGGUUGGAUGGAAGAAUGCUCGAGGAAAGACGGAGAAAGUGCUGGCUGUUGUGAUGAAUGAUGUGCUUUUCUUUCUUCAAGAAAACAACAAAAAUUAUUCCUUCUUCUCAUUGGAUAAUAAGCAUGGUGUAGUGUCGCUGUUUAACCUGCUGGUACGGGAGAAACGGGACACACGAGACACAAUCGGCAUGUAUCUCAUCAGUCAAAACAAAGAGAAUCCCGAGAUGUACGAAAUUGUGUUCAACACAAUGUCUGAAAUGCAAAAAUGGGCACAAAUACUGAGAACUGCAGUGGAAAAUUGUCCUGAAGAAGAAGAAGAAGUUCCUUCAGAAGCAGAAGAAGAACGUAGGAAAAUGGAGGAACGACAGGCACGAGCAAAUGCCAUCAUGGAGAAGUUACAAAAAAAGGAUGAGGAGAUUAAGAGAUGCUGUGAUGAUAAAAAUAGAUUGAUGUUAGAUCUGUUAGCUGUUUAUAAUGAUACAGAAGAUCAACAACAACAACAAUCUAAUUCACGACCCAGUUCAAGAGACUUUGAAGAAUCUACAGCUGAGAAUGCUGGUUUACUUCAGGCUGCUAUACACGAAGUUUCUAUAGCAGCGUCUCAGUUGACGACGAUGUUACAGAGUAAUGGGACAAACCUGAGUCGUAGUGUCAGUAGUGUAGGAGAACACUCUAGUAACACAUUUACUGCAGUACCUGUUCCUAAACGAGCCGAAACUUUUGCUGGUUUCGACAACAAUCAUGAGUCAGUUAGAGGUAAAGUUAAGGGCAGUGAUGUACCAGAUUUCUCUGUGGAGAGGGAGCAAGGUGGACAGUAUAAAGAGAUGGACAGUAGUGACCCUGACCUCAGUACACAAUACUCAGAUCUACCUCCUUCUGGCCUGGCUAAUAAGAAUUAUGACAGUGAGGGAGAAAGUGGUGUAGGGUCAUCAUCCAGUUUCUACUCCUCCAUGUCAACUCUGUCACCAGUGGCAACACCGUCUCAGGAUCAAUCUAACAUUGCUCAUCUGCUACGCACACUUAAUAGCAUUGUUCAUUUGACGGCAAGUCAGGGAACAGCUGUAGAGACACUAAGAGCACAACUAGCCGAGGCUAACGAGAGAAUUAAUAAGUUGUCUGUGGACGUCCAUGAGAAGAAAAGUGGUUAUAGACACAGUCAGCUAGAGGAACUCAGAAACUUACAGGGAGUUAUACAGAAGGAAAAGGAGGACUGGGAGUUGAAGAAAACUCGUGAAAGACGUGACAUGGAACAAGAACGUUUACAGCUUGAAGAAAUGAAAAGAAAUAUUGAUAAACAAGAGGCUGAUUUGAAGCAACAGAAAGAAGAGUUUAACAAAAAGCGUGAAGUGUUACAGAAACAGAUAGAACUGUUACGUCAAAGUGGUCAGUUGUCUAAGGACGCCUCAUUAUCCGAUCUUGAGCAGACGGAUAAUGGUAGCAGUGUGCAAUCAAAGGCUGACUUUGUGCCGGGACACCGGCGAUCAGCCUCGGCAGAAUCAUUCAAUUCGAACAAUGGUGAAACAAACAAAAAUGGACCUAGUGCUCCUAAAGAGAACAAUUUUCGACCGGAACAUAAGUCAGUAUCUAAGCUUCAAAGUUUCUCUUUUGGAAGCAAACAAAAUUUACCGGUCCAUUUAUUAAGUGCUACAAAUGAACAAAAAAUAGGAUCAAAAAAUGUUCAGCAACUUCCGUCAAAGUUGUUAGCAAGUGGAUCCGUUUCGGGUGCUCCUUCGCAGACAACGCUUUCUGGAGCUAAAAGUAGCUCACAGGGAGUUAUUGGUCAUAAUAAUAGUCAGUCAACACAAAGCUUGCCACAGGAAUAUGGAAUUCAUGGUCAAGAUUCAUCUUUAGCGCACAGUGUCAGUGCAGGUCAGAUUAAUCCGGGAACCAAUCAGGUGGGAACAAGUGUUACGGUUCCGAAAGGAAACUGGCAGAGUAAUCGACCAAAACCUUCCUCAAAGUCUGGAGGAUUAUCAGGGGUGUUAAAGUUAGCGGAAAAAAAUGAGAAAAAGGGAAAGAGCAGUAGUUCUAGUCAAAUGGGUGAUAAAGGAGCCCAGUCAUCGCCACCGCAAAAUGAGAACUCUUCACAGCGUCCAAAAUCGGGAACUCCAGGGGACCGAAACCCAAACAUAAAUCAUAAAUCUCAGAAGUCAGAUAGUGAUGUUAUAUACUUCUAAGGGACUUCUUCUAUGACUGAAAGAAUGUUCAGGACAAGAAAAAGGGUUGGCAGUUAAAUACACAAAAGGUCUUGCUUAAAUGUAUCUUCAAGGUCACAUGUAAUGAAGGUCAACUAGCUUACAUGGCAAGGACUGAAAUAUCUUGAAGAUGAAACAAGAGAAUUUCGACUCCUAUCUACCUGAUAAAAGAAACAACAUAUCUGUCUUUUUCAAGUGCCUUUAUGUUUGUUUUAUUUUUACAAAACAUAGGAUUUUUUUUCUUGUCAAUGUGCAUACAUGUACUAAGUUUUUUGUCAGUGAUUGAAGCAGGAAAUGCCUGUAAAUUAAUCACAAAUGUUUUAAGUAACAAAGAUAAAUGGUUUUUUAACCACUAAAGGAUAAUAACAAAAUAAAGGGAGAUCUCUACCUAAUACACUUACAGUUUAGUUGUAGUAGUUUGAUGAAUCUUCCAUAGAUAUUGUCAUUCAAACUAGAUCUUGUUUAACAAAGAUUUUCUUUCUUUAUUUUCUAUUAUUUUAUGUGUAUUUGCCACCUAAUUUUGCAACUGAUUGCAAAGAAAGGAUUUGUAUUAUUCAUAUUACAUGCUAAAUUCACAUUAUAUCAAGUUAAAAAGUGCAAUAUAUUUCAGUUAUUUUAAUUUCUCCUUAUUAAUCAUGUAAGCGAUAUGUUUUUAUUACCAAAUUUUUAGAUGUUAAAUGAUUUAUUGGAAUAAGAUACAAACAUAUUACACAUGUCUGGUGUUCUAGCACACAAUGUAUAUAAAUUGUUUUGUACAGAUUUCUCAAUUUUUCUUCUUAUAAAGAAAUUUGCAUCGUCAGCAAAUUUGUGUAUACACGUUAACGGAAUGAAUAGAAAUGUUGAUAAAAAAAAUAUCUUGUAAAUUGGUGAUUUGUGUAAAGGUACUUUAUUAUAAAAGUUUGAAGUUUACCAUUUUGUAUCGAAGAGUAGAUUUGGGGACUCAUUUUAGUCAUAUAGCCAUGAUUUUUAGCAAUGUUUUUUAUUAUUAUUAUUAUGAUUAUAUCUAUUAUUCAAUAUGCCAUACUUGGACAUAUUUUUUCUGUUCUGAUUUAGUACUUUUAUAGAACUGAAUCAGACUUAUUGCUAACAAAAAUGGCCUAACAUGUGACUGUAAUAUAUAUUUAUUUAUUUUUGUCAUGGUCAUGUUGAAUUUGAAAUUAUGCAAAUUUUGUUUUUUUGGUUUUUCUUGUUAAUUAUAAAGUAAAGAUUUUGAUGGAAUUAAAUUGAAGGUGAUACUGCAAUAUUUCUUGAAGCUCUCAAGACAUUUUUAAAUUAAAAAUGUUAUGACAAAAAUUGAGUGUAUAGCAAAGUAUUACAUUCACAAAAAUUGUUAUAAACUUUGAUAGAACUUAAGCCAAAAUGAGAGGUUUUCAUGAAGGAGUUGCUAUAGCAAGUACAUAUAUCAUUAAACUGCAUGUCUAGAGAUAUAAUUAUUACUUGUUUUGUUUCAGCUCGAAAAUAUCUACAAUGAACUUUUUAGAGUGCUAGCACUUACUGUGCCUAUAUUGAAUGAUUUUUAAUUUUUGUCCAUUUUAAUUUUUUUAUUUAUACUUACAUAAAUUAAUGGUAUUGUAGAAUUGUACUGUAACCAUAGUGAUACAAGUGGUGCGAGAAAGGAAGUGUUUAAAUUGUACAUGUCCUCAAUAUUAUACCAUUGUCUAACUGGUUAAUUAUAUAAUAAAAGAUUAAUUUCAUAUAAAGGUAUUUUCUUAAAUUAACAAGGUGUUCAAAAUAAAUUGAUCCAUGUAAAUGAAAUAAUAAUGAGGCUGACUGAUGGUUAAUAAAUUUUUACCAAAGCAACUUUUUAUUAGCAAAGAUACAUGUUUUGUUGGGAUGAUUUUCUGUUGAUGACUUUAAUCAGAAAACCAGAAUAAAUUAUAAACUUUGAUAUGUCAAUUUGAAAUGCUCCUUUCAUGUUUGUGCCGUAAUUUUAACCUCGGAAUGGCCACAUCGUUACCUGAUAAAUAAACUUAACAGAUAUCAGGUACACGUUUAUAUUUAGCUGCCAAACUGUUUGUAACCAAUUGUUCCAAAUCUUACCUGUUUCAUACUUAAUUGUUUGGGGUUUUUUUCCCCAAAUUUUUUCCUGAGUAAGAAUUGGUUUUGCAAAAGCAAAAUAUUAUCAAUUGCAGAGUGAAGCAUAUGAAAUUUAUUAUUUUUGUUUAUAAAAUAAAGCAAGUAUUUUAAUGCUGCACACAUUUUAAUACAUUUUAAAUAAAGGUUUGUUCAAAAUUUUUGAAACAGUGAAACCGUCUCUGCUCCGAUUAAAAAAAAAUACAUGAACAUAUUUCAAACUUGCUGUUAGAUACAACAAUUCAGGAUUUUUACAUAUUUUAUGACAAUAGUUGAUUACAACCAGUUUGAUGGUGACGAGAAAAAACUUAAUUUAUCCACGACUAACACAUUCCGUACAAAUAGAUUUAUUUUUGCUAAGAGUUGAUGGUUAUUUUAUUGAUGAUAUUUUGUAAUAGAAACUCAUCUCAAGUCAUACUCAUUAUUUGUAUCACUUUUUCUGAAGCUGCUUAUAACCUUGCAUGUGAAACAAUUUUUCUUGAUAAUAAAUAUUAAUCUCCUAACAAUUAAAUAUGAAUAAUUGGACAGAAGUUAAGUAUGGCUUUG